AUGUCCGCGCCACAGCCAGCUGCCGCGCAGCCCGCGGAGCAGCAGGAGGACAUGGGCCACAAGCUCAUCGGCAUCGCCAAGAAGAUGGCCAUGUUUAUGGCUAUCCAGUUUGUAUGGCAUGGAGCAGAGGGGGCAACCAAGCUUGCGCCUCCCGCCCCGGCCACGACGGACGUCGCCGCCGAUAUCCCCGUGGCUGGCGCCGAAAGUACUGCUGCCGCCGCUGGUAGCGCUGCUCAGGGCUCUGCCGUGCAGGAGAACAAGCCCGUCGAGGUUGCCAAGGCGCUCUGGACUACAGGCACGCCGAUGAAGAUGCACCUGUACUCGGUCGUCGGCGACAACCAGAUCGUCAUUGGCGAGGACAAGCCGCUAGUGUCGUGGGACAACCUCACCUAUGGCAACUGGAACGACGUGCGCGAGGCCGACUUCAUCCUCGACGUGCCUGAGGCUGUCACCCACAACAACGCGAGCUGGUACAUCGGCAUCGUGCUUGAGCCUAGGGAUCGCGAGAUCAACGCCGGCAACCUGCAGGAACUCCCUGUGUACAAGAAGGAGGUCACAAGGUGGAUGCCGAAGCGCAUUGUGCGAAAGGAGAAGUCGCUGCUGGGCGGCAGCGACGAGGAGGAGACCGAGGAGGUCGAGGAGCAGCUGGUGCUCUCGAAGGCCGACCGCCCUAUCGUGUCGUACUGGGCUCCCAACCUCACCGUCUCGAUUGUCUCAGACACGCCCGACAUCAGCAUGGCGCAGGUCCAGCCAGUUACGCGCGAGUACUUCCAGUUCCGCCGCGAUGAGGAGGGCAAGCUCGGCUACGCUCCCACGAUCUUCACCAACGACUUCUGGCUGCUGAAGGAACACCUCGUCGAGCUGAACGAGACAGUCUCCAAGGUUCCUCUUCACGUCAACUACAAGGCGAUCAGCAUGAUGAAGUUCAACAUCUUCUCGUCGCUGACCGCCUCCUUCGAGCAGAGCGCGGCGCAGCAGGGCUCUGGUGUCGAGCUUGACGAGGUCAAGCGCAUGCUCACAGAGACCAAUCCCAUCCUGCUCAUCACGACCGCGAUUGUGACGAUUCUCCACAUGCUCUUCGAGUUCCUUGCCUUCAGCUCGGAUGUCUCUCACUGGCGCAACAAGGACAAGAACCAGGAUCUCGUCGGCGUGUCGCUGCGCACGAUCCUGACCAACGUCUUCGUCAAGCUCGUCAUUCUGCUCUACCUGCAUGACAGCAGUGAGGAGACGUCGUUCAUGAUCCUAUUCACUGAGGGCAUCGGAGUCCUGAUCGAGGCAUGGAAGGUUACCAAGGUCGUCAACAUCCGUGUGCGCGAGGACCCUUCGUCGAUCAUUGGCUACCGCAUCACGUUCGAGGACAAGCACGAGCUUAGCGAGGACGAGAAGAAGACGCAGGAGUACGACAAGCUCGCGUUCAAGAUCGUCUCGAUCGGAGCCGCGCCCUUCCUCGUCGGAUACGCGAUCUACUCGCUCCUCUACCUUACCCACCGCAGCUGGUACUCGUACAUCGUCACCACGCUUGCGCAGGCCGUCUACCUCGGCGGUUUCAUCCAGCUCGUUCCCCAGCUCAUCAUCAACUACAAGCUCAAGUCUGUCGCGCACAUGCCCAUGAAGGCGAUGGUUUACAAGACUCUCUCGACUGUCGUUGAUGACUUCUUCGCCUUCUGCGUCAAGAUGCCCAUGCUCCACCGCCUGGCGUGCUUCCGUGACGACGUCGUCUUCCUCAUCCUCCUUUACCAGCGCUGGAUUUACCGUGUCGACUACUCGCGUGUCAACGAGUACGGCCAGGGCGGCCUUGAGGAGAAAGCUGUCGAGGACAAGAAGACGGAUGGCGACAAGGUCGAGGACAGCAAGACCGUCGAGGUCGCUGGCGCCAGCUCUGGCGUCAAGGUUACCCAGACCAAGGUCACGAAGAAGGGUGGCAAGAAGUAA